CUUCGCCGCACUAAUGCCGAAUUCUCUCUAGCAGUAUCACGAGUGGAGGGAGAGGGAGUGCGAGCGCGUAGGCUAUCAAGUGGACAGGAUAUCGGAGCCCACCGGCUUGGAUUAUUUGAUCAAGCAUCUUUGCCUGGUUGCAAGACACCUUUCAUGGCAGUCUCGUGGUCCCACUAGCCACAGCAGGGAAUUUACAUGUAUUACCGCAUUAAAUGGCUUUAUUAGCCAGAUCUUUAUACUGAUCCCACAGUCCGCUGUAUAUAUAUAUGUAUAGGGUACUUGACUACUAUGCCAGCGAAGAAACACGGCGUCGCGAGGCUCUGUUCAUAAUUUGCUCACUGGUUCAUUGAUACAGGCACCUCAUCGACUGAUUUCACGUCUAUUUCGGUGAAAAACAAACUCAUACCUGGAAUUGGGGUUAAGGGUCGCUCAGGGAAACAGGCGCAAUGGCCAAUGCCUCCACAGACCUGGACAACGCGGAGGCCCAACGCCAGCUCAACAACAACAACACCCGUCUGGCCGGCAGCUCGGGACACUGGGAAACUGAGGUCACCAGCUCCAAGCUGUUUGAGUGUUCCCGCAUCAAGGCCUUGGCAGAAGAGAGAGAUGCUGUCCAGAAGAAGACCUUCACUAAGUGGGUGAACUCCCACCUGGCAAGAGUGUCCUGUCGAAUCGCUGACCUCUAUAACGACCUCCGGGACGGCUACAUGCUCACCAGGCUGCUGGAGGUCCUGUCUGGGGAGAUGCUGCCAAGGCCCACGCGGGGUCGCAUGCGUAUCCACUGCCUGGAGAACGUGGACAAGGCCCUGCAGUUCCUCAAGGAGCAGAGGGUCCACCUGGAGAACGUCGGCUCUCACGACAUCGUCGACGGCAACCACCGUCUCACCCUUGGCCUCAUCUGGACCGUCAUCCUUCGCUUCCAGAUCCAGGUGAUUAAGAUUGAGUGUGACGACAACAGGGAGACGCGGUCGGCAAAGGAUGCCCUGCUCCUCUGGUGCCAGAUGAAAACUGCUGGGUACUCUGAGGUCCACAUCCAGAACUUCACCACCUGCUGGAGAGAUGGUCUCGCCUUCAACGCUCUCAUUCACCGACACAGGCCUGAUUUGAUUGAAUUCCAUAAGCUGAUCCGGUCAAAUGCCACACACAACCUCCAGCAAGCCUUCAACAUAGCUGAGCAGAACCUGGGGCUCACCAAACUCCUGGACCCUGAAGAUGUGAAUACAGAGAACCCAGAUGAGAAGUCGAUAAUAACCUAUGUUGUGUCCUACUACCAUUACUUCUCCAAGAUGAAAGCCCUUCGAGUAGAGGGCAAGAGAGUGGGAAAGGUGUUGGACAAUGCCAUUGAGGGUCAGAAGAUGAUCGAUCGAUAUGAGGCUCUGGCCUCGGAGCUCCUGGAGUGGAUCGAGAAGACCAUAGGCAUCAUCAGCAACCAGAAGUUUGCCAACUCCUUAACGGGUGUCCAGCAACAGCUUCAAGCUUUCACCACCUACUGCACCAUCGAGAAGCCCAUCAAGUUCCAGGAGAAGGGGAACCUGGAAGUGCUCCUCUUUACUAUCCAAAGCAAGCUCAGAGCUAACAACCAGAAACCAUACGUGCCUCAUGAAGGGAAACUCAUCUCUGAUAUCAACAAGGCGUGGGAGAGGCUGGAGAAGGCGGAGCACGAGAGAGGUGUGGCCCUACGUCAGGAGCUGAUUCGCCAGGAGAAGCUGGAGCUGCUGGCCCAGCGGUUUGACCACAAGACCACCAUGAGACAGGCGUGGCUCAACGAGAACCAGCGCCUCGUGUCUCAGGAUAACUUUGGCUACGACCUGCCAGCGGUGGAGGCCGCCAUGAAGAAGCACGAGGCCAUUGAGGCAGACAUCUCGUCGUACGAGGAGCGCAUCGGGGUGGUGGUGGAGCUGGCUGGGGAGAUGGAGACGGAGGGCUACUAUGACAUCCGGCGCAUCUCGGCCCGCAAGGAGAACAUCCUGGGCCAGUGGAGCCUGCUGAAGGAGCUGGUGGUGGGGAGGAAGGCCCGGUUGGAGAAGAACCUGGCUCUGCAGAAGACCUUCCAGGACAUGGUCUAUAUGAUCGACUGGAUGGAGGACAUGCAGGUCCAGCUCCUGUCCAAAGACUUCGGCAAGCAUCUGCUGGAGGUGGAUGACCUGCUGCAGAAACACAGCCUCCAGGAAGCUGACAUCACAGCGCAGGCAGAGAGGGUGCAGACCCUUAACUCAGCCGCUCUCAAAUUCACCACCAUCGAAGGCUACCAGCCCUGUGACCCCCAGGUGAUCUGCAACCGGGUCAACCAUGUCAGCACCUGCCUGGAGGAGCUCAAGCAGCUGGCGGCCAAGCGGCACUCGGAGCUGGAGGAGUCUCAGCACCUCUGGGCCUUCUUCCAGGAGGUGGAGGAGUCCGAGGCCUGGAUCCGCGAGAAGAGCUCCAUCCUGGCCACCCAGACCUGCGGCAAGGACCUGAGCAGCGUGCUGCGGCUGCUCCAGAAACACAAGACCCUGGCUGGGGAGCUGCUGGCCCACCGCUCCCUCCUCCAACAGACCAUGAAGAAGGGCAAGCAGAUCCUGAUGGAGAAGAGUUUCGGCACGGGGGGCAUCCAGGAGCGCAUCAUGGAGGUGAAAGGGGAGUGGAAGAGGCUGGAGGACCAGGCGGCGCAGAGACUGGGCCACCUGCAGGAGGCACUCCAUUUCUUCCAGUUCAGCACAGAGACGGACGACCUGCUGGCCUGGCUGCAGGACGCCUACCGCCUGGUUUCCAGCGAGGACUUUGGCCACGAUGAGUACUCCACCCAGUCACUGCUCAAGAAGCACCGGGGUGUGUGCGAGGCCGUGGACAAGCACCGGAUGCACGUGGUAACUCUGCGCAAACACAUGGUGGCGCUGCCACUGCAUUACCGGGAGCUGGACGAGGUGCAGUCGAGGAUGGGCGAGGCGGAGCAGCUGUACACCGAGGUGGCCGAGGUGGCCGUCCUGAGGCAGCAGUGGCUGCACGACGCGCUGGCCGUCUACCUCAUGUUCAGCGAGGUCAACGCCUGCGAGGUGUGGAUCGACGAGAAGGAGCAGUGGCUCAACAAGAUGGAGGUUCCAGAGAGGCUGGAGGACGUAGAGGUCAUAGCCCACAGGUUUGAGAGCCUGGACCAGGAGAUGAACAGCCUAAUGGGAAGGAUCCUGGACGUGAACCAGAUAGUGCAGCAGCUCCUGGACAGUGGUCACCCCAGCUCGACAGAGGUCAGAGGCUGUCAGGACCACCUCAACAGCAGAUGGAACCGGAUCGUGGAGAUGGUGGAGCAGAAAAAGGAUCACCUGGACUCUGUCCUCCGUCUCCAGAACUACCUGCUGGAGUGUGCUGAGAUCAAGUCUCAGAUCCAGGAGAAGCGCAAGGCCAUCGACGCCACUCAGUACGUGGGCAGUGACCUGGGCGGGAUGCUGGCCCUGCAGCGCCGACUCUCCACCAUGGAGGGGGCCCUGGCCGUGCUGGAGCCCAAGCUGCUUCACCUGCAGCAGGAGGCAGAGGAGCUGGCCAUCUCGCACCCGGCCAAGGCCAUGGAGGUCCUGGAGCACUUCGAGGGCAUCAGUGUGGAGUGGGAGGAGCUGAAGCGCACGCUGCAGGGCUGCGAGGACUCUCUGAUGGUGGCGGGGCGGCUGCAGCAGUUCAUCCAGGACCUGGACUCCUUCCUGACGUGGCUGGUGCACACACAGACGGCGGCAGCUAGCGACGAGCUGCCCAACGCGCUGGAGGAGGCCGAGAGGCUGAUCAACCGCCACGCGGCGCUGAAGGAGGAGAUCGGGAGGUACGAAGAGGACUACGAGCGGCUGCAGGCGGUCAACGAGCUGCUGGAGGCCGAGGAGGCUCCGCUGCCAUACGCAGCGCUGCAGCAGUGGCUCCAGAAGCUGGAUGUGGGCUGGAACAAGCUGCUGGAGAUGUGGGAGAGCCGGAGGGAGGUGCUGGUGCAGGCGCACAUCUUCCACCUCUUCCUGAGGGACGUCAAGCAGGCCGAGGCCUUCCUCAACAACCAGGAGUCAGCCUUGGCCCACGUUGAGCUCCCCGCCACGGUGGAGACGGUGGAGGCUGCCAUCAAGAAGCACAAGGACUUCACCACCACCAUGGAGCUCAACCUGCAUCGCAUCAAGGCUGUCAUCGAGGCCGGAGAGAGCCUCAUUAGCCAGAGCAACAUCUACUCGGACCGUAUCAGGGAGCGUGUGGACACCCUCGCCAACAGAGGCAACCAGAACCGGGAAUUGGCCCAACAGUGGCUGGAGAGGCUCAACGGCCAGUGGGGGCUCCAGAGGUUACUACAGGACUGCCACGAGCUUGGAGACUGGGUGGCAGAGAAGAUGCUCAUGGCUCGUGACACGUCCCGCGAUGAGACGCAGAAGCUGCACAAGAAGUGGCUGAAGCACCAGGCCUUCAUGGCCGAGCUGUCCCAGAACAAGGAGUGGCUGGAGAAGAUCGAGAGGGAGGGCCAGCAGUUGAUCCAGGAGAAGCCCGAGCUGAGCCCGGUGGUGCGGCGGAAGCUGGGGGAGAUCCGGGAGUGUUGGCAGGACCUGGAGAGCACCACCCAGGCCAAGGCCCGCCAGCUGUUUGAAGCCAACCGGGCCGACCUACUGGUGCAGAGCUACGUCAGCCUGGACCAUCGGCUGCACCAGCUGGAGGGACAACUGUGCUACGUGGACCAGGGUCAGGACCUGACCAGCGUCAACAAGCAGCUCAAGAAGCUCCAGCAUGCUGCCGCUAAGGGCUGCUUUACAGUUCCAUUUCAGCCUGCCAUUGUGCUUUGUGUACAGUACGCUCCAUCACCCAACCUCCAUCCAGGGACGAUGGAGUGUCAGAUGGAGGAGUGGUAUAAGGAGGUGGGGGAGCUGCAGGUGGCGGCGGCCUCCAUCCCACAGCAGGGCCAGGUCAUGGAGACGGUCGGCGAGCGCCAGGCCGCCGUGGAGACGCGCAUCGUCCGCCUCAUCGAGCCGCUCAAGGAGCGACGGCGCAUCCUUCUGGCCUCCAAGGAGGUUCACCAAGUGGGCCGUGACCUGGAGGACGAGAUACUGUGGGUGCAGGAGCGGCUGCCUGCCGCCACGUCUCAGGAGCACGGCUCCAGUCUCCAGGCUGUGCAGCACCUCAUGAAGAAAAACCAGACUCUGCAGAGGGAGCUGCAGGGCCAUCGGGCGAGGGUGGAGGACGUCCUGGAACGAGCUAAUGUCAUCGCCUCCAUCCGCAGCCCCGAGGCUGACUGUGUGCGGGCGGGCCUGGAGCAGCUCAGCGGGCUGUGGGGUCUGCUGUGGGCCGAGACAGAGAGAAGACAGCUGGUGCUGGAUGCCAUGUACCAGGCCCAGCAGUACUACUUUGACACGGCCGAGGUGGAGGCCUGGCUCAGCGAACAGGAGCUGCACAUGAUGAACGAGGAAAAGGGCAAGGAUGAGCCCAGCACCCUGCAGCUACUGAAGAAGCACCUGGUACUGGAGCAGACGAUAGAGGACUACGCUGAGACGAUAGGCCUUCUCUCCCAGCAGUGCAGACAGCUACUGGAGAUGGGACAUCCAGACAGUGAGCAGAUCAGUAAGUGUCAGUCUCAGAUGGACCGGCUGUACGUGUCUCUGAAGGACCUGGUGGAGGAGAGGAAGUCUCGUCUGGAGCAGCAGUACUGGCUCUACCAGCUCAACCAUGAGGUGGACGAGCUGGAGCAGUGGAUCGCUGAGAGGGAGGUGGUGGCCAGCUCGCCAGAACUGGGACAGGACUUUGAACACGUCACGAUCCUGCAGGAGAAGUUCACAGAGUUUGCGUCGGAGACGGGCAGUCUGGGUCAGGAGCGUGUGACGGCGGUUAACCAGAUGGUGGAUGAGCUGAUCGACUACGGCCACGCCGAGGCUGCCACCAUCGCCGAGUGGAAGGACGGCGUGAACGAGGCCUGGGCCGACCUCCUGGAGCUCAUGGAGACCCGGGCACAGAUGCUGGCCGCCUCGCACCAGCUCCACAAGUUCUUCACCGACUGCCGCGAGGUCUUGGCCCAAAUCGAUGAUAAGCAGCGGAGGCUGCCCGAGGUGCGGGCGCGCCAGGGUGGCACUGCCAACACCAGCACCCUGCAGAGGCUCAUGCACAGCUUCGAGCACGACAUCCAGCUGCUCGUCACUCAGGUGAGGCAGCUCCAGGAGAGUGCGGGUCAGCUCCGGACCAUCUACGCCGGGCAGAAGGCUGAGGCGAUUGCCGGCCGGGAACAGGAAGUGAUGCAUUGCUGGAAGGAGCUCUUGACGUCCUGUGAGGAGUGCCGAGUGCAGAUCACCACGGCAACAGACAAGCUGCGGUUCUUCGGGGUGGUGCGAGACCAGAUCAUGUGGAUGGACAGCAUCAUCUCUCAGAUCGGCACAGGGGACAAUCCAAGCAUUCCCCACAGCGAUAUAACGGGCUCUGGACUCUCUGGUCCUUUCAGGGAUGUGUCCUCAGUGGAGGUACUGAUGAACUACCACCAGAGCUUGAAGAGCGAGGUGGAGGCGCGCAGUAAGAGUGUGCUGCAGUGCAUCGAGAUGGGCAAGACGCUGCUGGCCGCACGCAACCCUGCUGCUGAGGAGAUCAAGGAGAAGCUGGAUAAGGUGGUGGCCAAGCAGUACGAGCUGUCUGAGAAAUGGGACAAACACUGGGAGGUCCUGCAGCACAUGCUGGAGGUGCACCAGUUUGCCCAGGAAGCGGUGGUGGCCGAGGCCUGGCUCACGGCCCAGGAACCCUUCAUCAAUAGCAAGGAGCUGGGUGCCAGUGUGGACGAGGUGGAGCAGCUCAUCCGCCGCCACGAGGCCUUCCGCAAGGCCGCCGCCACGUGGGAGGAGCGCUUCAGCUCACUACGACGCCUCACCACGGUGGAGAAGAUGAAAGCAGAGCAGAGUAAGCUCCCUCCCACCCCCCUGCUGGGUCGAAAGGUGUUCCUGGACCCCCAGGAGACGUCCCCUGCCCGGAGCCAGGGCUCCCCCCUAAUGAGACGGAUCAUUUACGAGCAGGUCGAGCACAGAGCUGAAAGGCCCUCCCAGGAACCCUUGCCCUCCUCCGUGGCCCGCCGCUUGGGAUCCACCGUGGCCAACUACACCCCCAUCAUGAACGGCUCCAGUGGCUACCGCAACAGCCUGGAGGCCUGGGCCAUGCCCGUGAUGGGGGGAGUGGUUGGAGGUGUAGUGGGGGUGGCAGCUGGCCUGGGAACAACCGCCAUGGAGGCCAGAGGGGUAGCAACAAAUUUAGGGACCACAACUGCCAUGGAGGUCCGAGGGGUGGCAGUAGGGUUGGGGACUGCCGCCUCGGAAGCCAGAGGGUUGGCCGUAGGAUUGGUCACCCCCGCGGUCGAGGCCAAAGGGAUAGCUGCAAGCUUGGUGACUGGUGCAGCCACGGCAGUGGAGGUGAAAGCCUCACAGUACCUCCGGCAGCCUAAGAUCAAACACAUGGACGACAUGGUGACGCCCAUGCUGGUGGCCUGUAGGCUGGAGAAGGUGAGAGAGAAGGAGGUGAGAGAGAGGGAGCAGAGAGAGAGGGAGAGAGAUAUUUUGUUAAUAGAGCCAGCGCCGGUGAUGCCGGUGAUGGCCGAGGUGGUGCUCCAGGAGAUGGGGAGGGAGGGGAUGGGCAGGGAGAGGUUGAACAGUGAGCCCAGCAGCAGAGACCACCGGGCGGGGAGCAGCCGGUCAGAGCCCCAGCAGAGAGACAGGGACAGAGACAGUAGGGACAGUAGGGACAGUCACAGGGAAGCCAGGCUGGAGCGCCAGCACUCUAGUGAGGUGCUGAUGAUUCAGGCACGGCGGGAUGAGCUGCCCCAGGAGGUGUGGCGGGAACGGGCCGAGCGCAAAGAGAGGAAGCUGGAGAGGCAGACGUCCAGCGAGCAGGAAGGCCACGGACACGAAGGCCGGAGGAAAGACCGCCACCGGACGGAGAGACAAGAGUCCAGUGAACACGACACAGCCAAAGAGCAGUCAGACAGACGUUCUACGGAGAAAAGGUCAGGCGGCCAGACCUUGUUUGACAUAGUGGAGCAGCUAAAAGACAGAGAGGCAGCAACGGCCCGAGGGGAGGUCCCUAAAGUGCCGAACGGCGUGCCAGAGAAGUCUUCCGGACGUCCAGACCGGCCGCGAGCACGGGACCGCCCCAAGCCCCGGCGGAGACCCAGGCCCAAGGACCACUCUGCAGGAGAGGCCACCACCCGGCGGUCACGCUCGGCGCCAGAGCCAGGGAUGGCCCAGAGCGUGAGCCCCUCAGUCCUCCAGCCGCCCAGCCACACUGCCCACCACGAGGGCUUCCUCUUCCGCAAGCUGGACAUCGAGACCAUGAAGAAGAGCUCUAACAGCAGAUCCUGGGUCAACCUGUACUGUGUGCUGAACAAAGGAGAGAUAGGCUUCUAUAAGGAUGCUAAGAACACCGCCACACCUUACAACAACGAGCCCAUGCUCAACCUCGGCCACUGCCACUGCGACGUCACCCUUGGAUACAAGAAGAAGAAAAACGUCUUUACACUUAAAACGAAAGACGGAAGUGAAUUUCUGUUCCAUGCAAAGGAUGAGUCACAGGAUGAUCUAAAGGCCUGGACCACCAACAUCAACAAGAGCAUCGCAGAGCAUGAGGAGAUUGCCAAAUGGGGUCAGCCCCAGCCUACUACCUCAUCCACGGACGAGGGCACGCGCCGGGACGGCAGCAAGGCCGAUAACAAGUCAGACCGGGGGGAAAGGCCGGAGAGGGCCGAGCGCUCUGAGAGGUCGGAUAAGGGUGAGACCAAAUCGGACACCAAGCGUUCAGAAAAGUCCAGCAAGAAGAAAUGAGUUUGAUGUUGUGCGCUGGGUGGGGGAAAGGGAGAGCGGUUUAAAAGACUCCCAGUCAAGACCCAUCCUUUUCACCUCGUCCACCUGCUUCAGUUCUGUUUAGUGUCAAAAAGGACAGGAACAUCACCCUGGUGAACUGACAUGAGGGAUUUGAAGCACAAAUAUCAGUGUGCCCCUCAUCGUUGCCCUCUCUCUUUAUCUCUGUUGCUCUGAGGGUGUCAGUCUUGGGCACUAACACUUAUUGCCCGGCUUGUUCCACCCUCUGGUAGUGACAUUGGUGCACUGCAGAAAGCAGAUGCUCCUAGUCAGGGCAGCAGUGUGAGAGAGAUGGACACAUGUAACAAGAGGGUUGUUAUCACUGGUGGUAUGAAGAAGUAGCUCAUAACGUUUUAAGUUUAUUUUUUUGUAAGAGAUGAGCUGUAUCUGUAUGUAACUCUUGUCUGUCUAUUUAUGUAUUGUAUGUCUAGAACAUCCAAUCUUAUACUCCCAAACAAAAGUGAAUGAAAUAUGCCUAAAUGUUUUUCACAACUGGCCUCUUUUUGGAGAACAAUUAUUUUAUGUUGUUUCCUUUUUGUAUUUCUGCUCAUUCACUUUGCCUUCAUUCUUUUCUGGGCUUUUCUCACUUUUUGGAUUUUCUUCAGCACAAAACUGUAAUGUCAUCAAACUCAUCCUAAUUGAAUUUGUACAAUUCAACAUUGAGCCAGAGGACAAAAAGAAGAGGCAGAGAACAUCAGCCUUCACAGAGCUUGUUCUGGCUUUUGGAUGGAUGAGCUGGAACCUUUACCUGGAGGCUGGCCCCCACGGCCAUACUCAUCUAUGCCUUCAUCUGGGGCCCCCAGGGACCCAGCAGCCAUAGCCACCCAGCAUCAGAGGGACAGGACUGGAAGCCAUCUGGCAAGACCUCAAGCCUCCUUCCUUCUCAAAGACCAUCAGAUGGUGGUAACCGCACUCCACAUACCCAGUCAACAUUAUUUUUGUCCAUUCAGAAAAUAUCACAAUGCUUUUUAUAGACAGUCAAAAAAAAUAGAAAUUAAGUUGUGUGUGUCUGAGCAUGUGUGUGCGGAUGUGUGUGUCUGUUCAGCUUCUCACCACUCCCAGGGUUUUCAUAGCUCAGGUUUUUUUUGUUCACAUCUGCGUCCUCAGUUCUCCCUCAGUCUUCCAGGCACUGCCGUUCCACAGGCCAGGCUUUUAACCACAGGAGUUGAAGAGGACACAGCAAGAAUCAGGGGCCACACAGAAAUUACACGGUGCCGAUUGGUCACUCCAAGGCCUCAGGAGUGCAAGUCGAUGUCAGACGGAUGUAAACAAAAGCUUCCUAUCUUCUGGAUGAAUGAAACACAUGCAUGUCUUGCUUGAGAUACAUCUCUUGUUGAUAGGCUUUGCAUAGCAGUCCGAUCAUAUGUUCCUCUCACAGUAUGUAGCUAUCAGCGACGAUGUUCACGUUUGUUCCUCUCCAUGCAUCAUACAAUAAAAUGAUCUGUUUGUCGUAGCACUGCAAAGCCAUAUUUGGUAACGGGAAGUCUUACAUUAUGGAAGCUAGUGGACAAAUCUUUUGCCUGUUCCUUACAUCAGAGAUUUGUACAGAAGUGAGGAGGGGCGAGGACGAGAUAGUACAGUGCAAAUAUCAUGAGAUCUUUCCCGAGUAGCUUUUUCUACCAUGUUUUUUAAAACACAUUUUAUGCAUCUAUACAGGCGUUGAAUGCCAAAUCAAUGCAAUCCAUAACGCAUGUUGGACACAACAAGGCAAGGAUCAGCAGAACUUAUUUUUGAAUGAACAUAACUGUCACACGGAAUGUGAAAUACAGUACAAUAUAUGACACAGGACACAGCCAGAUAGGGCGCUGUGGACAUCUGUGAGAUUCUAUGGCGAGUUCUUAGAUUCGUAUGACAUACUUUACUGAGUGGCAUACAGUACAAUUAUCAUAGUGUAGUUGGAGGAUACUAACGAUAAAGUGCUAGUUUGCUGAAGUCUUGCAUUCAGGAGUUUCACUGUGCAUUCACUACUAUCUAUUGUUUAGAGUAGACUUAUCUUGCCUGGGCAGCUCAUAUGGAGGAUGCCUCAUUCCAAAAACAAUAUGCUCAAUAAAGACGAAUUGGUUUCAAAUUGAUGGACGUAAUUGUGUUAGUUCUGAUUUAACACUCAUUUGGAUGUCUCUGAAUGGUAUCUAUGUUUGGAAAUGCUGCUUACCAUUGUACAGAUGUCACAGAUAUCCUAUUUGUAUGCCAUAGUCUCACUCGAAACAGAUUGUAUGCCGUCAAAGUAUUAUGGUGGCUUAGGGAGGUUGACCGGAAUGUGAAUAGAGAAUUUAUGCAACUUAUCCCUUGCACUUAAACAUUCCCCCAUUGCGCAGUGCUAUUGAGGAGCAGUGGAGCUUGAGGGUCCAAGAGGGAAAUGUUUUUAUUUGCUUACUGGAGAAUGAGUUUUGAAUUAUCUUCAUGAAUGAACAUUAAGUACACCAGCCGGAAAAGUAUGAGAGUAUCAUGCUCAACCAUGAUGUGAGAUAUUUCACAUGGCAGUUUUUCAUGCUCGUCUUGCUUGUUACACAUUACUAACAGCUGGAAUUCCAGCCACAGUGCAUGAAAGUACGAGUUUCACAAAUCUCUCACGUCCUAACAACCAAACAUGCCUAUACAAUAUUUCAUCCAUUUAGUCAUGCUAAGGUUUCAUUCAGUAGUUAUCUGUUUAAAUGACCAGUGGUCAUUUUCCAAAUGUGGGCCGGCAAGUCUGUUGGCUUGGCCAAGGCCCGAUCCAUGUUAUCUUUUCUGUUUCACAGAGGGUCAUUUGAGUUUAUAGACUUUCAAAUGACAAACCAGCGGAAUGUUGUUAAUACCUAGAAAGCACAAUUUUAUAACCUACAGUUGAUAUACACACAAGCAUUCAGUUGUUACAGGGAGACUUGUGAAAGGAAUCCCAUUAUUGAUACAAUGCAUCUGUAUUAGCCGUGCAGUCAUGAUUUUUCAGGUGUGUGUGAAGUGCGUUAAGUCCUGGAGUGCUUCCUUCAUGAAAGCAGUACCACCUCAAAGGUUACAAAUCAAUAGUCUUUGGCCAUUAUUUUAUUUCAGGGAAUAAUAAUUACAUUUCAGUUUUCAUCCCAGAUGUUCCACUGCUGUUUGUGGACAAGUCAAUGCUCAACACCUACCAUUCAUUUCCUGACCUUUGACCCUAGAGCACCACUGGUUUUUAGGGAACUACUGAAUGGACGUUUUUGCAAAGUUCAACAGCUUGAUGACCUGUACAAAAUGUAAUUGCUUAAAGUAUUUUCUGUAAAAAAAAGAAUGACAUUUUCUUCUGUUCUGCUGUGAAAGGGAGGUUUUUAAACAAAUGUAAAUAUUCAUGGGGAAAAUGGUUCAUUGGUACAACAUCAACAGAAAACAUCACAAUAUCAGGACAAAGAAGUUGCAUGAAUAACAUAGUCCCUAUUAUGAUACUGCUCUGCAUGUUUUGAAGUCUCAUUCUGCCAAUCACUGUACAAUAAUGGGGUGACACACUUGCUUACACGGAAAAGGUGAAUGAAUGAAUAAUAAUGUAUAAAACAGAUCCAACUUAAAACCA